AUGCGUUCCUCGUUUCGGAACUUACCGUUGCGAUAUGGACUUGGAGCAGCGGUGCGCAGCUCCCCAAGCAGCAAGCUCUUCGGUUUUGCUACAGCUCGCGGCACGCGAUGGAGCGGGUUUCACAGCGCAAGGGCACUUGGUGCUGUUCAGCCAUAUUUGCUAGCGGAUAUAGGCGAAGGUAUCACCGAGUGCCAAAUUAUGAGCUGGGCAGUGAAGCCUGGAGACCGUGUUGCACAAUUCGAAGCUAUAUGCGAGGUCCAGUCAGAUAAAGCAGCUGUUGAGAUUACAUCUCGCUACGAGGGUAUCGUCAGAAAACUGCAUUAUGAAGUUGAUGAUAUGGCACGCGUCGGUUCGCCUUUGAUAGACAUCGAGAUGGAUGACGACGCCGAAGCCGAGCUUACGACAUCGAUCGAGCCGGCACAAGACAUGGAGUCAUCAAGGGAAGAUACCCAACAGAACCUCGGCUCUGUGCAAGCGGAGGAGACUGUCCCAAUGGUGACAGCAGAAAUACUGGCCGAAAACAUUUCUCUAGAAGAAGAGAAGCCGGGCAAUCCCGGCAUCACCACACCAGCAGUCAGGCGGAUGCUCAAGGAACAUGCAAUCGAUAUCCUGAGUAUUUCGGGUACAGGAAAGGACGGUCGUGUACUUAAGGAAGACGUGCAAAAACACUUGUCCGCCAGACAGGGCAGCGAACAAAAAAAGCCCGCGCCUGGCGGAGUUCAGCAAGACCAGGUCGUUCCGCUCAGCCCCAUCCAAACCCAGAUGUUCCAAUCAAUGACGAGGUCUCUGGCUAUCCCGCAUUUCCUUUUCACACAGAUUAUCAACAUGACGCCCCUGAGCGGGCUGCGGAGGAGGCUCACGACAAAUCGGGCUAUGUUGUCGCGUCUACAGGCCGCGGGCUCCACGACUGGAAAGGUGACAGCUCUUCCAUUUAUCCUCAAGGCUCUCUCGGAGGCAAUCAAAGAGAUGCCAAUGGUGAACUCCAGCAUUGAUCUAGAAAGGGACCCGAAGCGUCCUCACCUGGUCAUCAAGUCUUCGCACAACAUCGGCGUCGCGAUGGAUACCCCCAAGGGAUUGCUGGUUCCUGUCAUACAUGAUGUUCAAAGCCACUCAAUCGUCUCGCUACAACAGGAGCUCCAUCGCCUGGGUAACCUAGCCAGAGAAGGCCGUCUGAGUCCCGCAGACAUGAAGGGAGCCACGAUAGUAGUGAGCAACAUUGGCAGUCUUGGAGGCCACGUGGUCGCACCGAUAAUCCUAGACCCAACGGUUAUGAUAAUAGGCGUGGGCCGGUCACGAAUUGUACCUGCUUUUGAAGAGGAUGAGGCUGGGCAGGAACGCAUUGUCAAACGGGAAGAAGUCGUGCUGAGUUGGAGCGCAGACCAUCGUGUACUUGAUGGCGCUACCGUGGCGAAAUGUGCUGACAAGGUGGGCUCCCACCUAGAGAACCCCGAAGCUCUCGGCAUGACUUUGGUGUAA